AGAUGGCGCUCUCACUGUGCGCAGUCUAACAGAGCUCAUCCAAUUCAUUAGUCCGUGGCUGGCGUAAUGAGGGGACUGCGGCUUAUGGAAAAGAGUGUGGCUGGAACUCUACAUACAAUAUGGUUUAACUCACCUCGCCUUCACGUAGGAAAGUCACUUAGUUAAUAACCCUAAUCUUACAGUGAUUUACUGUGCGUAGCUGCCAAAUGUUGGAUGCACGGACACGGAUGGUAAUGUUUUAAAUAAAAGCAUCACGUUGACGAGGGACCGAUCGAGUGCGCUGUGUCUUCACUUCAAGGGACCGCACCACAAGCAACCUAAUGGACGAGAGGCAAGCAAGGAAAACACGAUUGUUUAGGUCGGCUGAAAGACAAGUGAAUGACUGCGGUAAAUUCCAAACAGAGACGAGCGGAAAUGUUUUCCGACAUCUGUUUCUUAAUCGGAUGCAUCUGAUGCAAGAGAAAAAGGGAUAGAAAAACAGAGUGGCGCGGUUCACUGAGAAUCAAGGAGAAAAUGCUGCAUUUAUCUCUGCUGUUUUUUCUGUAGCCGGACAGAUUCCUUUUUUCUAAUUCAAAUUUCUUCUCACCGCAUUGCAUCUCAAGCCUUAUGAGGAAAAUGACCGCGUCUGUGUUGGUGGCAGUCAUGUCCUCCGCUUUCUUCAACCCGAGCUUUGCCUUCAGUUCACAUUUUGACUCAGGUGGCGCCCCCCUGAGUGAGCUCUCGUGGCCGUCCUCUCUGGCCGUGGUGGCCGUCUCCUUCUCCGGCCUCUUCACCUUCGUCUUCCUCAUGCUGGCCUGCCUGUGCUGUAAGAAGGGGGACAUCAACUUCAAGGAGUUUGAGAACCCAGAUGGGGAGGAGUCUCGGGCCGACGCGCUGGCCUCCCCCGGCUCCCAGACCGAGGUGUACAUCCUGCCGCUGACCGAGGUCUCGCUCCCCGUGUCCAAGCAGCCUGGACGAUCAAUUCAAUUUCUGAAAUCAUCGGACCUUGGACGUCACAGUCUCCUGUAUCUGAAGGAGAUUGGUCAUGGCUGGUUUGGCAAGGUCCUGCUGGGUGAGGUGAAUGCUGGACUCAGUACUACCCAGGUGGUAGUGAAGGAGCUCAAGGCCAGUGCCAGUGUGCAGGACCAGAUGCAGUUCCUGGAGGAAGCCCAGCCUUACCGCACCCUGCAGCAUCCUGCUCUGCUGCAGUGCCUAGCUCAGUGCUCAGAGGUCACUCCUUACCUGCUGGUUAUGGAGUUCUGUCCCCUGGGGGAUGUGAAGGGGUACUUACGCAGCUGUCGGGCGUCGGACACUGUGACCCCUGACCCGUUGAUCCUCCAGCGGAUGGCGUGCGAGAUUGCUUCUGGCCUUCUGCACCUUCACAAACAUAACUUCAUUCACAGUGACCUGGCACUCAGGAACUGUUUGCUCACGUCUGAGAUGACGGUGAAGAUUGGGGACUAUGGCCUCUCUCACAGUCGCUACAGGGAUGACUACUUUGUGACAGCAGAUCAGAUUUGGGUGCCUCUGCGCUGGAUAGCUCCCGAGCUUAUCGACGAAGUCCAUGGGAACCUGCUGGUGGUGGACCAAACCAAAGCAAGCAAUGUAUGGUCCUUGGGGGUGACCAUCUGGGAGCUGUUUGAGCUGGCCAAUCAGCCAUACCGACACUACUCUGACCGGCAGGUGCUCACCUACGCCAUCAAAGAGCAGCAACUCAAGCUGCCCAAGCCUCUCCUCAAGGUGCCCCUGUCCGAGCGCUGGUACGAGGUGAUGCAGUUCUGCUGGCUCCAGCCAGAGCAGAGGCCGGUGGCCGAGGAGGUGCACCUGCUGCUGAGCUACCUGUGCGCCAAGGGCAUGAGCGAGGCCGAGGAGGACUUCGAGAAGCGCUGGAACUCCCUGCGGCCCGGCAUGGGCGGCCUGGGCGGCGGCAGCUGUGGCGGUGAAGUCGACGGUGCCGUUGAGGGCGGCUCGCCCGGAGCCUCGGCCGCGGAGAUGGCCGCCUCCUCGGUGUCUUCCUCCUUCCCCCUGCUGGAGCACUUCUCCGGAGCCGAUGGCUUCCACACGGCCGAGGCCGGGGACGACAUCCUGACCGUCACCGAGACUAGCCACGGGCUGAACUUUGAGUACAAGUGGCAGCAGGCCCGAGCCGAGCAGCCCUACUGCUCCUCGUCCACCACGGGCACGCUAGGCCAGAGCAACCCCCACUAUGAGGACAUCUACUACCCCCUGGAGAACGUUGCGGCGGCAGCGGGCGGCAAAGGAGAGGGCCUGGCCCUGGGGGUGUCCCCCUCGUACUAUGAGUCGGACCACUUAGGGGUGGUGCCCGUGCUAAGCGCCCACAGCCCGUCGGUCAGCAGCGAGUACUACAUCCGCAUCGAGGAGCCGGUGGAAUGCAACAUCCGCCUGGAGGACACCAACCUGGACUACAGCCCCGGGCUGGAUGCCAGCCAAAGCAGCGCCUUUUCCGCGGGGGGCAGGGAGCGUCCGGCGGUGGCCGACCCCGAGCCCAAUACCUACUGGUCAGCGGCCGAGGGCCGCCGCAAAACGAGUGCCUACGAUUCCGACGACGCCAGCCCGGACAUCUCCCUCUGCAUGGAGCCGCUCCCGAGGCGUGUGUCCGAGGGCGCCAGCUCCGCUGACCAUGAGAGGCCCAGGCAGUACUUCUCCCCGAGCGAGAGGGGGGGCACCGCAUUUCACUGUGACCAGCCACUAUCUCCGGACGAUCAGGACGCCCGGCACAGGAGGGAGCGCUACAUGGAUGAACAGGAGGGACGCUGGAGCCCCCUGAGCAGCAGGGGUCAGCGGCUCACGGGCCUGGACACCCCCAUGGGCAUCUCCCUGUCUCUCAGCAGUCCCAGCCUCGGUUGCUGUGACCCUUACCUAGAGGCCAACCAGGCCUCCAGCGCAGAGAGGAGUGCAGCUACUGAGGGCUAUUAUGAUAUGACGGGGACACUGCAGAAGAGCCUGCCCAGGCCCCACUACAUCAGUAUCAAUGUCGAGGUGGGAGAUGGCCUGCACGUAGGGUCUGCCGCUUCUGAACAAGAGGAGGAUGAUGACCUCUUCACUGAGGCUGAGGCCACAAACUGGACUUCAAACCAGUCAGCUAAUAACAAUAGUUUAAACUUUGAUAGCAGACCAGCUGCUGGUUUUCAAGACAUCUACCUGGACCUGCACCACACCACACCUUCUUCCAGCAUCAAUGCCUCAAAGUCUGAAAAAGUAGCGGUCAAAGAUAAUUCUGGUACCUCCAAGCCUGUGUCCUACCUGGAAGCGAUAGGAAGCGAUAGCUCAUCCACCAGCACGAUUCUGACCACAGAUUUAUCUGGUGAAUGCGAAACAUAUAUUCAUUUGUGCCAUAAGGGUGGACAGGAGACAGCGUCACCUGUUACACUCCACCCAUCUAUAGACAAUUCCCAACUAACUGAGCCAGUUUCACAUUCUGGAGAGACAAUUGCAGUGUGUAAAAAAGCCUCAGAGAAAAUCCCAAACCUCUCUGUGGAGGAGAGUAGGCCUCAUAGUGGAGGAAGAGCCCAAAACCAUUCCACCAACUCCACCAAGCCUCAGACAGAAGUGUUCCGACCCCCUUCUAAUUUCACAGACAUUAACCCAACCCAAGCGAAUCACUCAGAGACAGGCAAUGUGUGGGGUCUUAAUACCUGUAACACGCGCCUCUCUACACCCAGUAUUAACAUUCUCUCCGGCAAGAAGGUGUCCCAUGCGGAGGUCCUAUCCGAGUGCAUAUCCAUCUCCGAGGGCAGUGGACUGGGCGACAGCGGGGUCAACAUGGGCUGCUCCAGCAUUAGCCUGAUAGACAUAUACGACUGUAGCGACGACGACACCGCAGAUGUCACCUCGGGGGUGCUUGCGGACUCGCCCUUGGACUACGCCGAGGUCGGCGACGUCAGCCUGGCCCACAGACCCCUGCUGAGGCCGGUGAAAGCGCCCCACGUCGAGGAGGCCAUCAACCUGGCCUCCAGCAGCAGCCCCUGCGAGAGCUUCAGCCUGGACGUCUACCACACGUCCGUCCAGCCCAAGUCGCUGGACAGCGGCUACGACACGGAGAACAACGAAUCGCCCGAGUUCAUCCUGAAGGAUCUGGAGGGAAAACCCAUCCUCAGCGUGAGCCUGGAAUCCGACGAGCCCGACUUGGUCCUCCAGCUCGACUUGGAUGAGAGCAUCGAGGGAGUCCUCUUGACCCCGUCAAGCAACACCGACGAGCCGCAGCUCGGCCGCCUGAAUGAGAGGAACCCUUACCGGGACUCGGCCUACUUCUCCGACUACGACGCGGAAAAUGACAGGAGCCCCAGUGACGGGGUCAGCAGUUUCUUCGGCGGCCGCGGCGACGACGGGGACGAUAUUGUCAGGCUCCGCGCGGAGAAGGGGGAAAGGGUCCCGGAGAGUGAGAGGCGCGAGGGCUACUGUUUUGCAUCUCUGAAGGACAGCCGAGUCGUCUCCCACUCCCCUUCGUUCUCUGACAGGGAGUUUGAUCCCAGCUCCUCGUCUUCUCCCUUCGCCGCCUCCCCCGCGCUGAACGUGCUGUCGCCCUUCCCUCCGCAGAUGGGGGGAUGCCUGACAAAGGAGUCGGCGCCCGACGACGGGAUAGGACUGGAGACGGAGCACUCGGUCGACGAGGCGUCGUCGGACUGCUGCUUGUCCAGCCCGAUGGAGGGCUCGUCCGGUUCACAGGACACCGUGGCGGCGGCGGCGACGCUUGCAGACAAAGGCAGUGGCGAUUACUCGCCGGUGGUGUCGCUGGACUCCAACUCCACCCUGGCGGACUUGAGCGAAGAGACCCUCCAAGACACGGUGGACAGAGAGGAGCACAGAGACGACAGAGAGGACAACAACCCCGACUUGCAGCUGGACGUGAAGAAGAUCGGCGAGGGGGACGACACCGAUGGGGACGACACGCCGAGCAACGGAGACGGCGCGUACGACACGGUGCUGAUGGCCGAGCUGGCCUCGCCCGACCUGGGCCUGGACGGGGACCUGCGCGCCCCGCUGGGGGACGGCGAGGACGCCGACGAGGAGGACUCGGACGACAGCGAGUCGGACGAGGAGCUGCGCAGCUACAACAUCCAGGAGGAGCCGAGCGACGAGAGCGACGAGGACUUCACCGCCGUGCCGGUGGUGGUGAGCGAGCGCAGCAGUGCGCGGCACCUCCGCAGCCUCCUCAAGAUGCCCACGCUGCUCACGCAGUCCUUCUGCGACGAGCUGGAGCGCAAGAAGAAAGCCGUCUCCUUCUUUGAUGACGUCACCGUAUUCCUUUUUGACCAGGAGAGCCCAACAGGGGACUUGGCAGACUACAGCUUUCCACCAGGAGCAGAGGCCAAUUGCCAUCCCUCAGAAGUGCAGACCUCCAACCCAUCAGACGGCAACAACGCUGAAAACUCAGAUGAAAACGCAGAAGAAGGGGGCUGUUUUGAAUGGGAGGAGGAGGACUUUCCUCUGAUGCCCAGCCCUACCUCAGCAGAGCCUGCUCCAGACGCCAUGGUGUUUCCCCCGAGCCCUCCCUCAAAGGUGGCCGAGGAGAAGCCCGCCCCACAACUGUCACGCUUCAGCGUCUCCCGCUUCUCCAUCACACACGUGUCGGACUCCGAUGUGGACUCAGUGGGAGGUUGCAGUGAGGAUGGAGAACGUGAGUGAGAUGGCCUGUUGUGGUGCGAGGCCGUGUUGACCUACUCUGGGUGUUUUGUUUUUUUUCUACACAUGGGGGUCAGUUGAAACCUGAUAAUCCAAUUACUGACAGUGCCUCAUACUAGUAGAGAAAUGCCAUUUGUGACCCCUAUCCACCAACCCUGACAGGUGGAGAUAGCACUGAGAUAGUGUAAUAAAGACAGCAGUUAAUUCAAACUAUAAGUCUAUGUGUAAGAGAUCAAAAAUGUAUCACUUAUUUAUUCAUUAAGUAUGACAUGUAUGUGGAAUAUUACAUCUUUGCACAACUGACAUGGCAACAUUGACAUCCAUUGACAGGUCAACAGGUAUUUUUUUAUUACAUAUACAGUAUAUGGUAGAAACAAAUUGACAAAUGUUUGCGUUGCAUUGCUGCUCCUCAUUGGCUGCCUGUCGAGUACUCACCCCUCUCAUUGGCCAGACCUUCCAGAGAGGACUGUCAUCAUUGCCCCUCGGUCAUUUCAUUUUUGCACUGCUUGAGCCAAACAGUGAAGUCCUGCGACGAAACUACAGCUAGCUGCUGUGGAGAUCCAAAGACGACAACUCACCACUUCCAAGCACUGAGCUGAUCAAUUUGGGUGGUGGAGCAGACAACAUAUCCUAGGAACGACACACUUCCGACGCCGAUCACAAACAGUCCUAUCACUUACUAACACCUGGGGUAUUUGGGGUGGACGAGGGCCAGUGUCAUCACUAUUUAACCAGAACGUUUUAGUUCAGGGGAGAAACUGAGUCAGAAGAUUUUAUGUGUUUAAGAACAUGUCUAUUUUUUUCAUGUCGUGCAUCAUGUAAAAUUCCCACACUGCUGCUGGAAAGUACUGUUAAGAACAAGCCCCCUUCCCCCCCCUGUGUGCUGCUAUCCAUCUCAAAGUAAAGAGGCAAACAAAAAAGUCUGCACUUUCAGUGUUACAAGAAUCAAGUGCUAGUUUAUAUGAGGGUUACUUGUGUCAUGUCUUUUAGCUAUUAAGUGUUCUAAAUAAACACAUGCAUACA